AUGUCGGCGCCAUCGAGUCUGGCCGACAUCGCUGCGCUCCCACCCAAGCGCCUCGGCCACGUCGUCGCGUACGUGCACCAGGUGCAGCACACAACGCUCAAAGACAAGCCGCACAUAAUCCUUUGGGUCGGCGAUCCAAGCGUCGCGUACUUCAAGCUCCACGCAUGGGCCUCGGAAGCGCCGUUGGUCACCAAGCUUGUCGCCGGCGACAUUGCCGCCUUUCGCAACCUCCGCGCUAAAUGCUUUCGUGGUGUCGUCGAAGGUCACUUGACGCGGUCGUCCUCCGUCGUCGUGCUCAUGCGGAACAACCAGUUUCUCGACCCACACCGCGCCGAGUCGCCGUCCUUCUGCACGCUGUUGCCACUCCUCGACUGGACGCGGCAGCUCGAGGCGUCCGGUCGCAGCUUUGGACAUGUCAACAUUCCCGAGAUUGCGAUCAAAGACUUGCGGGAGAAUAUGCUCGCGCAUGUCGUGUGCCAGCUGCGCCCGUGUCCGCCACCCGCACCACACAGCUACGCCAUGAUGUACAGCGGCCCCGAGGAUGGCAUGCUGCUCCAUCUGUGGAACGACCCGCUUUCAUUCCGAUCGCUUCGGUACAAUGCGCCGGUGCGGGUGACGCACCUCCUCAUUUCGUUUGACGCGUCACGCCAGUGCCUCGUGGCCACCACAACGGGCGAGUCCCGCGUCGAGUACUUGGCCGACGCGCCCGAGACGGCAUCGCCCACGUCGAUGACAAGUGCUGUCGAGUUUGACGGGUUCAACGACGCAAUGGAUGCCGCGCUCAACGGACACGUCAUCGUUCGCCGCGUUGGGAUCCGCCACGUCAUUUUGCCGUUUGCAUGGGACGAAGGCGCGUGGCAGCUCAUUGAAAAGUACUGCGUCCACUGCGAAACGACGCUGCCGGAGGCGCCGCUCAACGUGCACCCGCGCCUGUAUAGCUCCUGCGUGCACGAGUGCGACGGGAGUGCCCGCGACGUCUGGCGCUACAAGCCGUUUGUGCUGGAGCUUGUCGAUGUGCACGGCGUCUCGGCCCACGUCCACGCCCAUGACGUGGCGAUUGAGCGCCUUCUGGGCCACAUUCCGGCGUCGCUCCUUGCGGCGCCCACACCCGACGGUAGCCUCGAGUACCGGUUGAUUGUCGAGGCGCUCUUGCGGUCGCUUACCGACACGUCGCAUCCGAUUGACGUACAUGUGUACUGCAGCGUCGUGGGCCAGGGCGCGAUCUUUGCCCUGGUGGGCAUUCCAUCCUAG